AUUGUUUUAUCGAGCGAUCGAACGGAUCGAAUUGAACUGAUUAGAACUUGAUACUUACUCGAGGAAGCAGCUUGCAUUAACAAGUAGCAAAGAUGAUGUUUAAGAACUACGCCUUAGUCUUCCUCUCUACCGCUUUCUCUUUAGCAACUACAUCAGCGCUACCGAAACAGGGCUCUACAGUCACGAAGAAGGAGUGCUGGGCUGGCCAGAUUCAUUACCCUUGCAACGGGUCCACGACAGGCUGUACUCCUGACGGGAUUAUGGUUAAAUGCCAAGACUCGAGUGGCGCGAUGAUCUAUGCCGAUAUGUGCGACCUAGGAUCCGCGGGGAAGGGUACAUGCACCUACGACGCCGACUGCAAUGCGGCCUGCAGUGCUUAGGGUACUGGAAACUUGGAAACUUGGGCAAGUCAGCUACUUAAGCAGGGUCAUCUACGAUUUGGCAGAUGGGAGGAUUUGAAGGGCGAGGAGUUGU